GUUUCCUCUUACAAGGCCUGAUCUUUGCAAGAAGUGGGAAGCUGCUGUCAAAAGGAAAAACUUUAAGCCAACCAAGUAUAGCAGCAUUUGCUCAGAACACUUUACUCCCGAUUGCUUUAAAAGGGAAUGCAACAACAAGCUUCUGAAGGAAAACGCCGUGCCCACAAUAUUUUGUUAUACUGAACCCAGUGUAAAGUCUGAAGAGCUUGCAGAACAGCCAGAAGAUCCACUACCACCUCCUCCACCGCCGCCACCAACACCACCACCAGCAGCUCCAGUACUACCACCAUCUCCAUCAGCUCCUUCUUUUCAUUUAUCUCAAAUAGAUGCCAGAUUUGUAGAUCCAAGUAUUGGAUUGUUGAUGCCUCCCCUCCAGACCCCUAGCAAUCUUGCUGUUUUUUGUGAUCACAACUAUACUGUAGAGGAUACCGUUCAUCAGCGAAAAAGAAUUCAGCAGCUGGAGGAACAAGUUGAAAAACUGCGGAAGAAGCUCAAGACAGCGCAACAGCGAUGCCGACGUCAGGAAAGACAAAUUGAAAAACUGAGAGAGAUUGUUCAGUUUCAGAAAGAAAAAGACAUACUGUCAGGAAAAGGCUAUGUGAUUCUGCCCAAUGACUAUUUUGAAGUUGUAGAAGUACCUGCCUAA